UAUUUCGGAGACCUUCCAUUUCUUUCGUACGAAAAUGAAACUAAAAUGUUAAAUCUAUUUUUUAAUAAAGUUUGAAUAAUAUACGGACGGAAUGGGCAUUGUUGAUCAGCUCAGACAAACACAAAAAGGCAGACUGCCUUAUGAGCGAGAAACAACCGGCCCAAAAUUGCAGACACUACUGACAGAAUGUUCAUCGCCACCCGAAAUACACAUCUCCCCAAAGUUCUCCCAGACCCUGAAGUCAAGACAGUCCAACAACAAGGAAUGUUCGGACGACUCGGGGAGUCCAGGUACAGGAGGUACUACGGGGCUGUGGCCAGGGAAGAUGUCCCCUUCUCUAGCACCAUUUUCAAUAACUCAACAAAAGGCCAAGCUGUCACCAGCUGAAGGAAAAUAUACCCCUGAUGAGAAGGCUGAUGUGAGGAUUGUACGGUGUGUGACAUCGCCUGAGUUUGGAAGAUCAAAGAGAGCCAUACACAAAUAUGAGGAGAAAUUGGAAAAUGAAGCUAGGAAACUCAUCCUACAGAAGAAACGUGAGUUUGCAGACCACAUUUUCCGCGUGGAGCAUGACAUGGAACAGCGUCUGCAGAACCUAGAGCAGCGUGCCACCGUUAACAGUCUUCUGAAGACCCAGCAGCUGGAGGAUAGAUAUGAGGCACAAGCUGGUGAAAUAGUUGCACAUCAGAGAAAGUUGCGUGAAACCCAUGCCCAGAGAAAACAGCACCAUGAAACGCAGCUGGAGGAAGCGGAGACGGCCAAGCGGAAACUGAGACAGGAAGAAAUCCGAAGGAAGGAGCAAGAGAAAAAAGAGAAACAAGAAAAGUUGGCAAAGUCUGCUAGUGACCUCAGCCACCUUAGUACCAAAAUACAGCAAGAAUAUACAGCAUGCAAAUACCGAAGCCUCCUGUCCGAGGCAGGUACAAAGGCUCUCUCCCUGGUUAAGACGUUGGUUGCUCACAUGGGCACUUUGAAACGUGAUUGUCAAACAUCCGGGGAGGUUGAGGCUGAACACUUUGAGCAGUGUAGAAACAUUCUGGAAAAAGCAAGUGAAGCAUACGAAUUGGUGAAAACAGAGCUUGAACGAGCUGAGAAGGCAGGUAAGGAGGCUGAACAGGAAGCAGAGAGAAAAGCCAAGCAGCAACAACAGCAGCAGCAGCAACAACAACAACAACCAGGGGUAGUAGGGGCUCCAAUUGCUUCUUCUACACCAAUAGCACAGGCAUCCAAACCAGCUACAGGGGCAGCGGCUACAAAUGUUUCCAGUAGGAAGAACCUUGUGAGCUGGGAUGAGGAAGCUCUAAAACAGUACCUGGUAUUACAGAAGAAACUGCAGGAGAUUGAGGAAUCAACUAAAGUACUGGCCUCUACUACCGAGUUGAAGAAGCUCAAGUUUGACAUCCAGAAGGCAGUGAACACCCCAAUCAAUGCAAUAUCUGCCGUGAGUGGAGACCAUCUGCGGGAUAAACUGAAGCGACUCCUGACAUUGCUAUCCGGACAACCUGUCGAGGUUUCCGGGAAAACCGUCUCUCUGUCAAAACAUCCACAAGCUUCAGUCUUCUGCAGAAAUCUUAUUGCCAAAAUGAUUGUGAAAAAGGGAGAGGAGCAGGUUUCCUCGAAGCAUGAGUCAGCGUUUGCUAUAGCGAUGGUAGCUGUUGGGUUGUGGCGGGAGUCACCCAGCCUCGGUGACCUUUUCCUUGCCCAUUUCUACGCCCAGUGCCCGUACCUUGUGCCUUACUACGCACCCAAACUACAGGGUCAGAGUGACAAGGACUAUUUCGAGUCAAGAGGCUAUCGCUAUGAAGGAGGACAAGUCGAGAAUCAGGAGAAAUUUCUGAAGCGAAUGUCAGGCAUCGUGCGACUCUACUUCUCCAUCCUGGUCUCUACGCCCCCACGGGGUAAACAUCCCCAUGGCCUGGAACACGCCUGGGCAUGGGUCACUCGGAUUCUAAACCUCACCCCCGAGCCUGAUAUCACUGCCACAAUGUUGUACGACUUCCUCCAAGUCACAGGCCAUGCUUUCAUGAAGGAGUAUAGAAAACAGUUUAUCAAACUGCUUUGGACAUUGUGUAAGGAUAUAGUACCCAAGUUGAAAGAAGUCUCCUCCCCUGCUGGGAGUGGAUCGUUGUCUCGGUUACAGGUGCUCUUAGAAAAUAGUGUCAAAGGUCAAGGUAAUAUUCCUGUCCCAGAGGGGUUUCUGGAACAAAGAUUCUGGCUUUCUUAGCAGUGAACACAUUUUACAAUAUAUAUUUCGUCAUAACCGACAUUGAAAAUACUAUGCAUGACAUUUUUAACUUUUGUGUGGUCAUAAAAAGUUAAUGUCAUAAAUUAUAGAAAAACAUUUUUUCUGAUGUGGAUAAAAAAGAACGUCAUUUUUUUUGUUUGUAUUUUAUGUUCAUUACCAAUGGAAUAUAUAUACAUGUACGUGUAGAUUAAUCAAUGUGUAUACCUUUGUGUUCUUUGUCGCUCAUGAAAUUUGUUCAGAAUGAAGUAAUUGUUGAAAAUCCAAUAUUUCUGUUGCCAAUUUAUAAUAAAACAUGAAAUUAUAUAAUAAAACAUUGAUAUUUCA